AUGGACAUCAUCGCUCCAGCUUUACAGGUUCUAUUCAAUGGAUGCCUAGCGACGGGGUGCUACCCAAAGGGCUUCAAGCACAGCUGUACAGUGGCGCUCCGGAAGCCAGGCAAGGGCGGCUACACACAGCCAAAACCAUACCGACCCAUAGCUCUUCUCAAUACUAUCGGGAAGAUCUUAGAUGCAGUCAUCGCCAGGAGAAUUAGCUCCGCAGUCGAGAUGUACGGCCUGCUCCCAGGAGAACACAUGGGCGGCCGAAAAGGGAGAUCCACGGAGCAUGCAAUCCAUGUGCUCCUUGAACGGAUUUACACGGCCUGGUACGCGUCAGGCGUGGACAUUGCUAGUCACCUACUCCUCGAAGUGUCCAGUGCCUUCGACAACGUCUCACACCCUAGGCUGAUACACAAUCUGAGAAAACGACGGGUUGACCUACAAACACUGAUGCUUAUAGACAGCUUCCUCGAGGACCGGACGACCACAUUGCACGUUGGAAUGGAUACGUCGGCCCCGUUCAGAACAAGCACAGGAAUCCCACAGGGGUCCCCGCUGUCACCGAUUCUCUAUCUCUUCUACAAUGCCGACUUGCUAGAAAUUGGUAGCAGACCAGACCAGAACAUGUGCAGCAGCGGGUACAUUGAUGACGUAGCCAUCCUCGUGUCCAGCCGAACAACGGAGGAGAAGUGCAAAAGGCUUAAACAGGUGCACGCCGAAUGUGAGGCCUGGACAAAGAAGUAG